GUAGCCAGUUGCAGCACCACGUGAUGUGCCAUGUCGUAAUACUAGCGAUGCUGUGCGGCCUCCGCAAUCUCCCCGUCAACUGUCAAACUGCUUUGUCCUCGUACCAUUCCAAGCCAAACGUGAUUAACACCGCUGUGUUUUCCUCUUCACUAGAUUCUGUAUCCAACUCACCACUACCUACCCCACUGAGACCAUCCAGGUGGUCCCUUAUGGCUAUUGCCAUACCGUCCAUCGACAAGCGGUAACUGUCUCACCUCCGCUUCGAGCUCCUCGGCCACCAUGGAAGCAGUCCAGAAGGAACAUGAACGACUUUCAAAGAGACUGAAGGCGACCCAGAGCAUUAAGAAUGUCCAGUCGACCAUAGAUCUGCUUCAAGAAGCACGGGAUGCCAUUGCGGCCGGUUAGUACAAAGCCCGGCACGCUGCGCUGCGGUCUCUCGAGUUGCGCAACGACCCAACUAACCGGACCUUUUAACACCAGACCCCGAACAAGCUCCGAUAACUCUCGCCAAACUUCAAAAUCCUGUGAAAUCCUCCUUCGAUGCGAUAAAUGACAGCCUCAAAGAGACUCACAGCGGUCUCAAUAAAUAUUCCAAGUCGCUUGAUAAGCUUUUCAAAGACAGACCUCUCCCGAGUACCGAACAUGACGCCCUGACAUCGCAAGAACACCUGAUCAACCGGGCGAUCGCAAUGCACCUUUUGCGGGAGGGACAGUUCUCCGUCGCUUCUACCUUCCUGUCUGAAAUGGCGGACGCGAGAGCCCCCGAGGAGCAAGGAGAUCCCAGCUCCAGCGUCACGGACAAUGCCGCCUCGCUCCUUCACCUCGAAGAAGUACCGUCAAGUGAGGUUCGGAAGCAGUUUGCCACGAUGUACUACAUCCUCCAUGAAUUGGAGCAGAACAAGAACCUGCUCCCGGCGAUUCAAUGGGCGCGGGACAACCAAGAGGCUUUGGAAGUUCGAGGCAGCAACCUGGAAUUUGAACUGUGCCAGUUGCAGUUUGUAUGGCUCUUCCACGGCGGACACACUCCCGAGGCGCCUCUUUCCGCGGGUCGGCAAGCGGCUUUGGAGUACGCCAGGCGGGAAUUCCAAGGCUUCAUGCCGCGAUACCUGCGGGAGGUGCAACAGCUGAUGGGCGCGAUGGCGUUCUGCCCGAACCUCGAAAAUUCACCGUAUAGGGGCAUCUUCACCAAUCCGUCUGCCUGGAACGACGUGGCGCAAGCGUUUACUCGCGAGUUCUGUUCCUUGCUCGGGCUGUCUGCGGACUCCCCGUUAUACGUAGCCGCAACGGCGGGUGCCAUCGCCCUGCCCACUUUACUGAAACUGCAGACGAUCAUGAGGGCGAAGCGCACCGAAUGGACGACGGAGAACGAGCUUCCGGUCGAGAUCCCGCUUCCGCCGUCGUACCUUUUCCAUUCCAUUUUUGUUUGUCCCGUUUCCAAAGAGCAGACGACGGACGAGAACCCGCCGAUGAUGAUGCCGUGCGGGCACGUCAUUGCCGAGGAGUCGUUGAAACGGUUGUGCAAGGGCAGUCGCUUCAAGUGUCCUUAUUGCCCCAACGAGAGUCAUGCUCGGGAAGCGCGAAAGGUCUUUUUGUAGGACCCCAACCACAUCAACCACGGGAAUUAUUUGACGGCGUCAAGAGAUGAAGCGAAUCCCCACCUAUGACGGGGAAGAAUCCGGGAAUCAGGGAGUCAGGGUACGAGGAGUUUGAGGGCAUACGGCGUUUUCGGGCAGGAACUAUACUCAGGGCCUUUAUCCACUAUACAUAUCUAUUGCAUAUAAGUACACUUGAAAGCUUCACAGGCUCGAUCAACAAGCACUCAGUACUAAGUACAA